GCGUGGUGGCCCAGGCGACUCAGGCCUAGCUUAGGUUGGAGCGUGGUUAGUUUUGAGGCAGUCCAGAUGGGGACGCUACCAGAACGAAAAGAUAUUCCACCGUGGGUGAAAGCUCCCGAAGACUUGAAAGAUCCCGAGGUGUUGCAGGUCCAGACGCAGCUCUUGGAAGCUAUGUUUGGCCCAGCUGGAUCUCGAAUCCCGUACAUCGAGCAAGUGAGCAAAGUCAUGCUUGAGCUAAAGGUUCUGGAAUCCUCGGAGCUCACGGAGAUCGUGGUUUAUGGCUCUUAUUUGUAUAAGCUCAGGGCCAAGUGGAUGCUCCAGUCCAUGGCCGAAUGGCACCGCCAGCGACAGGAACGAGGGAUGCUCAAACUUGAGGAUGCCAUGAAAGCCCUAGAGCUAGGUCCUUGGAUGAAGUGAAGCCAGUUUGCA